CCAUGUAAAUCUCCACAACCAAAACAACGCUUUCCUUUUGCACAAAUGACUCAAGCGUGAUCGCACGGCCCAUGAGGCUGGCCGGGACUCGUCUGGAUGCCUCGCCUUCCUAUUUUCCCUCUCUGCUUUGUGAGUGGGCGCUGAAAAGAAGGCAACAGUAACAGUCACUUUCACGUGGAUUCGCCUAUAACUUAUGCCACAAUGUCAGCACUGCUACAGAUGGACAAUGCAGGGAUGAAAAGAGGAAUUGUGAUAAAAGAUGAUUGGCCAGGCUACAGUCUGGACCUGUUCACCUACCCUGAGCACUACCAUGAUGACAUUGAGAGUGUUUACAUUCCACAUGGGGUAAUCAUGAAUAGGACAGAACGCCUGGCCCACUACAUCAUGGAUGACUUUCGGGAUGACAACAUAAUGGUCCUGUGUGUCCUGAAGGGAGGCUACAAAUUCUGUGCAGAUCUGGUGGAGUUCAUCAAGAUUCUCGGCCGGAACUCCAACAAGUACCUUGAGACCCGAGUGGAGUUCAUCCGUCUGAAGAGCUACCUGAAUGACCAAUCAACAGAGGACCUGCACAUUAUAGGAUGCCGAGAUCUGUCUUUUCUACGUGGAAAGAGUGUGCUCAUUGUGGAGGCCAUAGUUGACACAGGAAAGACCAUGAAGGCCCUUCUGAAGCAUGUGGAGACCUUUGAACCCAAGAUGGUCAAGGUCGCGGGGCUGCUGGUGAAGAGGCUCCCUAACAUGGCUGAAAGUCUGACAGACUAUGUUGGAUUUGAAAUUCCCAACCGGUUUGUUGUUGGCUAUGCCCUUGACUACAAUGAAUACUUCCGUGACCUGAAUUUCCUGAUUAACCAUAAAUGGUGAGUUUAUUGGGUUGUAUGAAGAUGUGGCCAACAGACUUGAUGUACUAACCCCCCCAAAACAAUCCAAACAGCACUCAUCAGCCACUUUGUGAGGUACAUUAGUUCAACUGCUUGUUAACACAAAUAUCUAAGUGGCCAAUCACAUGGCAGCAACUUAGUGCAUUUACCCAUGUAGCCAUGGUCAAGACAACCUGUUCAAACCAAAUGGGGAGGAAAGUGUUCUUAGAUGACUUUGAACAUGAACAUUUUUUCUUGGCACACUUUGGCCCACAGCUCUUUUCUGACUAUUUCCAAUUAUGAUCACAGAGUACCCACCUUGUGAUGACUCCUUUCAGCAGGAUAAAAUCACCAUAAUAUAGAAUUUAAAUCACAUCAAACUUGUUUCUUGAACAUGACAGUGACCUCACUGUACUCAAGUAGCUUCCACAGUCACCAGAUCUCAAUCCAAGUUUUGGAUUUGGUGGAACGCAAUAGUCUCCUCGUGGAAGUGCAGCUGUCUAGUUCUGCAGCAACUGUGUAAUGCUAUCAUGCCAGUACGGCCCCAAAUCUCUGAGGAAUGUUUCCAGGAACUUGUUGAAUCUGUGCCAUGAAGAAUCAAGGCACUUCUAAAGGCAAAAGAGGUCCAACCCAGUA